AUUAACAACACCAUCACACUACUCCCUCAUCUUCUUCUUCCUUCAGAUCAAACCUCUUCAGACCUCCAUGGCGACUCCAAGAUCUCCACCAUUCCUCUCUUCUUUCCUCUCUCCAAGAGGCGACACUCUCCUCUACCUCAUCGCUCUCCUCUCCAUCUUCUCUCUCCUCCUCCACCACCUCUCCGCCGACUCCCACUUCGAAGGUUUCGACGCCGACGAAGACCUAGAAGACGACUCCGUCAUCCUCCAACCACCGCUCUCCACCCUCCCCCGCCGCUCUCCACCACCUCCUACCACCCUCUCCACCUCCUCCGAUCCCGAAUCUCACCACGGCCCACCUGUUUCCGAUUCUGUUUCCGAUCAUGUUUCCAAACCCUAUGUAGCCACAUCGUCGUUCGAAUAUUGGGAUGAGGAUGAGUUUGAAGGUUUUCCGGUUGAAAUUACUCCACUGGAGGUCACUGAUGAAGCGGAAGCUGUGGCUAGUGUUGCUGAUUCGGUGUCGGUUGAAGCGGAUGAAACGGUUAGGGUUUCGGAACCGAUUUCGUGGACUAAGAUGCUUAGGUUGUAUGUUAUUGAAAUUGUUUGUGCGUGUUUUUUGAUUAUGUUUACUGUCAAUUAUUUUACUGGAAAAAAGAAGAAUGAAGCCCUAGCUUUAGCCUGGGCGGCGAAAUUCGCCACUCGAGAUACGAUUUUCGAUAAGAAUUUUAGUCUGUUAGGUGUUGGGGAUGGGGAUGGGGAUGAUUCGCCGUUGUUGUUGAAAGAAGGGCAGAAUGUGUUUAAGUUUUACGCGAGUGGGCGGAGGUUUUGCCAGGGGUUGGUGGCGACGAUGGAGCUUAAGAGCCGGCAUGAUUUGAUAGCUAGGUUGUUUAAUGUGGUUGUGCCGUGUAAGGAUGAGAUUAGUAUUGAGGUUUAUAUGAAUGAGGAGGCUAUGGAUCAUGUGGUUUUUGCGUUGGCGAAGAAGAAAGCGGCGAAGGUUAUGCAGAAGGAAGUGAGGGAUUUACAGAGGUUUGCGAAUUUGAUGACGUCUGCUCCGAAUGGUAGGAAAUGGGUUGCAGAGGAAUUGGGUGUUAUUACUGAAUCGAAAGAGGUGGCUGGAGAUUUGAUCACCGAGACUGUUCUUGAUCAGGUGUUUGGUGAAAAAGCUUUUGAGAAAUUUGGAAAGUGGUUCAUCUCUAUGCAUUUCUCAGAUCAGCAGCAGAGUACACACAGGAAGAUGCUGGUUUUUAAGUUUGCUCUCCCUGAUGUUAAUCACAUGGCUGACAUGACACGUCUGGUGGCUCUCGUGCCCUAUUACAUCGAUCUAAUUGGUCGUUACAAACUCAGUUCACAGGCCCGAUCGAAAACUGAAGCAGCCCGAACAAAGGUUGCACAGGAGGUGUAUAAGGAACUUCAAAAUGCAAGGCAAGAGGCAUUGCAGAGGAAGAAGGCAGAGAGGAGGAAAUUGAUGGAAGAAGCGGAGUCAAAACUUAACGCUGAGGCGCUUCGUAAGAGAGAAGCAAAAGAGCGUUCUCGACAGCUUAAGAAAGCAAUGCCCAAAAUGAAGAUGUCCCGUGGCGCCUAAAUCUGAAUAUUUUUGGAUUAUAUUCGGGUUAACCUGUAGUUUUCAGUCUAUUUGUUUAAUAGAAACUGCAUCUAAUUAUAAUCUUUGGAAGUCAGAUAUAAAGUCACUUGGUCACGCAUUUGUGCUUUUGUUGUUUUUA